AGACAUACCCUCGUGCCUUUUCCUACCUUACCCCUCUCCAUUUUCACACCCACAAAACCCCUUCACAUUUUUUUUAAUCUUUUUCACAUACACAUCUGUAUAUCCAUCUGUCUGUAUUCUCUCUCUCUCUAACCUACAUUCAUCUUGUAUUUCAUCUUUCUCUAGACGCUUUUCCGUUUCCUCUUUGAGAUUUUGAUGAAUUGAUUAUCGAAUGUUGAAGCGAUCUUAGGGUUUUAGCAUCUUUCAAGCUGUAUACUGCUCUUCUUUGCUGAUUUUGAAGAUACUAUUAGAAAUGGCAGCUGAACUUGUUAAUGCAGCAACAAGUGAGAAACUAUCAGAAAUGGAUUGGACCAAAAGCAUUGAAAUUUGUGAAUUAGUUGCAAAUGAUCAUAGGCAAGCUAAAGAUGUCAUUAAAGCCAUCAAAAAACGUUUGGGAAGCAAAAGCAAAGAUACUCAACUAUUUACUGUUAUGUUGCUGGAGGUGUUGAUGAAUAAUAUUGGAGAACCAAUUCAUACACAAGUGAUUGACACUGGCUUGCUACCUGUACUUGUUAAAAUAGUCAAGAAAAAGUCAAACUCCAAUCUACCUGUACGAGAGAAGAUAUUUCUUCUUCUAGAUGCAACACAAACAUCUCUUGGUGGAGCUUCCGGAAGGUUCCCUCAGUAUUACUCUGCAUACUAUGAUUUAGUGAGUGCUGGAGUACAAUUCUCUCAAACACCUGAAGUUCUUCCUAAAAACAAUUCAACAGCUUCAGACAGCAGUAAAAGUAAUUCAAGUAAUGGUGAAGUUGUGAUCAAUGGACAUGAUAGGAGUGCUCCACCAACUGUCCCACAAGUUGUUCCUGAUUCUAGUAUUAUUCAAAAAGCUGGAUCUGCACUAGAAGUGUUGAGAGAUGUUCUUGAUGCCAUUGAUACUAGACAUCCAGAGCAAGCUAAGGAUGAGUUCACUCUGGAUCUUGUGGAACAAUGUUCGUUUCAUAAACAACGAGUUAUGCAUCUUGCAGUUACUUCUAGGGAUGAAAAGACAAUAUCUCAAGCAAUUGAAUUAAAUGAUCAACUUCAAAAGGCACUUUCAAGACACGAUAAUCUUAUUUCAGAUACACCAACACCUGCAGUCAACCAAAUUGACCAUGAAGAUCCAGAAGAAGAAGACCCUGAACAACUCUUCAGAAGGAUGAGGAAAGGAAAAGCGCGCGUAAGACCCGAAGCUGAAAACCACCAAACAGAUCGCCCAUUAGGGGUAUUAACGUCUUUUCCACCAGAUAGGCUUAACAGACCACUCACUUUGGAGCCAAAACAAGAACCAACCACCACCACCACUACCGCCGCCACAACCCGCCCGUCUGCCGCCGUGACAAUCCCACCGCCGCCUGCAAAACAUGUUGAAAGGGAGAAAUUCUUUCAAGAAAACAAAAAUGACGGUUCUGCCCUUGGUGGACACAUGAGGGGCCUCUCUUUACACAGCCGAAAUGCUAGUAGCUCUCGCAGUGAUAGUUUUGACUUGAGUGAUUGAUGGAAAGCGAUGGUUUUUUUAUAUUAUGGUGGGAGUAUAUAUUAUGUUGAAUUUGGAUUUGUUUUGUUUUUUUUUUUUUAUUUUUUUUUUAUUUUAUUAUUAUUAUACAAAAUGGUGAUAUGUGAAAGAUAGGAGAUGGUGGUGAAGGAAAGAGGAGAGGGGAGGGGAGGGGAUAGGACGUGUUUUAUAAGUCGAAUAGGAGAUGUUAGAAGUGGUUAGUUCUUGUUUGUUUAAUAUGGGAUUUGUUAAAAUGUUGGAUUAUUUUAUUUUGUGUGUUUUUUGUUUUUGUGUAAAACAGGAGGUGUUGUUUUAUUAAUUUUUAUUUAUAUCUUGAAAA